AUGGCUACUACUGAUAUUCCAACUUCCUUUACAGGAACAUUUCAGCUCCAUUACUUUGCGAGUGCUUCUUCGUACACAAAGAAGAAUACAGAGACCUUCCCCGCACCCUACCCGUUGUGUCGGCUAUAUGAUCUUCUCGAAUCGCGAUAUCCAGGAAUGAAGGAGAAGAUCCUGUCUAGCUGUGCCGUUAGCGUUCGCCUUCAGUACGUGGAUGGGGAAGAGCUUGACGUUGAGACUGCAAAGGACAAAACGAGGAUGAUCGAGUGCAAUGACGAGGUUGCCAUUAUCCCCCCCGUCAGCUCUGGAUAG